AUGGUACUCGCCCGGGUGCGCGAGUCGGCCCAGCAGGCUUUUGCCCACCCGCGCUGGCGUCCUUUCCUCCCGAUUUUGCUGAUCCUCUUCACCGCCAUCUACAUACUCUUUGGCGGCUUCCUCUUCCGCGUCAUCGAGUACGACGCAAAGGUGGCGGCCAUCCAACGCUGGCAUGGCGACCAGUACCGGCUGAGGCUAGCUCACGCGCGCUUCAUGUCCAAGCAAAUCUUCAACGACACCAAGCAGCUGCUCAUCAUCAUCGACAAGGACCAGUCGGAACGGGUUACCGGGAUCCUCAACGACGCGCUCAAGCUGUACGAGGCCAAGCUGAAGUAUAAGGGACCGGAUCGCGAUAGUUGGCGGCUGAAGAACGCGAUCAACUACGCGUACAGCCAGCUGCUGACCGUUGGGCUGAACGGGAAAAGCCCGGCGACGACGAUGGGAAAGGUUUUCCACGUGCCGUACGUCCUUCUCGGCGUCCCUUUGCUCUUCUGCACCAUCGCCUGCUUUGCUCACGAAUAUUUGGUGCCUUCAAUGCUCAAAUCCGGAAGCCCCUACCACCGCCGCUUCCAUGCCCUCGCCCUGGCCACCCUGCUUUACCUUGGCUGGGCUUUUAUCGUAGCCAUUUUCUAUUACCUCCAGGUUCAUGACAGCUUCGUGCCCGCCUUCUUCACUGCCCUCACUGCCGUUUUUACCGUCCAGAUGCCAGUUGACGCCGUGACCCCCUGCGUCCUAUUCGUGAUGCUCCUCGGCACCACGGUUGCCCUCCUAUUCGGAUAUUUGGUGGCCUUCUUCGCCUGUGCUAGCUACGGCGGAUUUGAUUUCGGAAUACCCGUGAGCACAGAAGUCCCCGACGAUGAGAACACCGCAGGACAACAAAAAUUCACCGUCGUCGUGGACCAGGCAGGAGAUAGCAAGCUGAUCAAU